AUGGCUGCGGUCUUUGGAGACUUUGGAGGAGAUGCAUACUACUAUACAGCUCGUAACUCCAGAGGCAAAAAACCCGGAUCCGAUACGAAAAACGAACCAACAACUCCAGGGAUGCCAGUGUUAUCCACGACAUCUUCAUGGAUCUCCAACAGAUCAAAACGACGUGGCCCUAAGACAGAGACCCCGCGUUCUGCAGAUGUGACUUGUAAAUCAUCAAACACCCCAGCAGUGGUGCCAGAGACUGAAACUGUAGCAACCGCCAAGUCCGAAGCCGACACUGCAGUCGUGCAUGAUCAGGUUUUGGGUAUCACACAUGUUAUCGCUGCAAACCCAGAUGGGUGCCACGAGCAACUCGUAGAUGCUCUUCGGCAGGUAUGGGUGGAACCUGUAUGCUUUAUCAAUGUCUCUGCCGAAAAUCAUGCCCGUGUUUUGGAGCACAUGGACGCUCUCACAUUUUCUAACUAUCACACAAACAUUCAGUACAACCGAACCCUCUUGAAGACCUCCGUCUUAACCAAUAGUCGGAUGUACUCCGAACACCUCUUCACUAUACCCGACAUGCAGGUGACCAUGAAACCCACAACCACGACAGCCGCUGAGACGCAACUUCUCUGGAUGGCCGAAUCUGGAUUCACUCAGUCUCGGGUUGCCAUCAUGACGAAAAUGGAGGAUACUCUUCUAUCGCACGAAGAGCUCCUCCUCAUUCUUAUGAUCUUGGUCAAAGAAAGGAAGAAAUAUGCCUCCCCCGCAGCAAACUCCGUUACUUGGAAUCAGACACGUGAAGAGGGAUCGGUGCGGACUUACAGUGAGUUCGCACCUGAACGCACUUCCGACAAGUUAUUUGGGCCAGUAAUAGCAAUGGGGCAUGAGUGGAUUGAUAUUGAGUCUGUCGAUUAUUUUGUGUGGGUGAAGUCUGGGGAUCAGCGGAUUGACUUGGCUGCUCCUCCCACGGCGCACGGCACACUUUUUCCGAAUAUUGACAUGGACAAUGUGACUGACGCAUUGAACCAUGGCUUGGAUCUCGUGAAAGCCACGAUGAGCAGCACCCUUGACUUAAUCGAACCCAGCGUAAAUCAUAGGCAUCUCCUCACUCCCAGCGCACUUACAUUCAAUUGGGAGCUUGACAGUUCCUCCAUGUCAGUUGCCGUUUAUGAAACUGCCCACGCCCGCUACUGCGAUUGGUACCGUCGCCAAUUCUCUGGUACGAAACGUCGUCGUGUGGACAAUCCUACCACAGAUGAGAAUACCAGGCCCUCGAUCAGGAGGGCAUUAUCCUCUGGACAUGUCCAGGCGGACAACCAAGAGAACGCCAAAUCUUCAAUCAGCUCUGCAUACGUCUCCGACACAAGCGACGAGACUGUUUCCUCCUCGGAACUAGCAACACCUGGAACCGAGUCUUCCUCUGGACUGAGUAGUGAUGAUUCAAAUGUCUAG